AUGGUGUGUGCUGAGCCCUCUGAUCGCUCCGAGCACCUUCCACAGGUUUCCACUCGCCCCUCUACAAGCCACCAGCCAAGCCAGCGCUCCGCGUUCACUGGCUCAGUGACAAAGGCUCAGGCCCAAGAGCGUCUUACGGAUGCACAGUCAGAACCCCCGGGCCUGGCCAUGGAACCUGGACCUGCCGCAGCCACCACGCCUGGGGACACUGCUGAUCAACCACUGAAAGGACCACACAAGAACACUCCCACCAAGCCCGAGGACGCGGCGGAUCCAUCGGACCAGCAGGGACGCCCGCGGCCACCCAGUUCGGCCGGCUGGACGGGGUUGGGGACAGCCAGCAGGCCCUCGACAGCGCCCACGCGGUCAGACUAG